UGGCUUGCGGUUGGUGCGGUUGGACAUGCCAAGCGCUGUGAUCCGCGGCGACCCUCUCUGGCUUAACUGCUCGUUCGACCUCGAGUCAGACGACCUGUAUUCCGUGAAAUGGUACAAGAAUAACAGGGAAUUCUUCCGGUACCUGCCCAACGAGAACCCGCCGGGACAGGCGUACCGAUUGUCAGGAGUCUACGUGGACGCGAGCCGCAGUUCUGUCGGGAGCCUCUACCUGAAAGAGACAGACCUCAAGUCGGAGGGCCUGUACGCGUGCGAAGUGUCGGCCGAUGCACCUUCCUUCCAGACAAUUCGCUCAGAAAAAGAACUGAAGAUCUACGUCUUACCGAAAAAGGGCCCCGAGAUUCGUGGCACCAAGCCGCACUACAGGUUCGGAGACGCAGUGAACGUCACCUGCCGAGCAGAUGCAUCGAAACCGCCAGCAGUGUUGGUGUGGUACAUCAAUGGUGAACAGGUACCCCCAUCGUUCGAGAAAGUGCACCCCAUUCUCCGCGACGAAGAUCAGCUGUACCACUCGUCCCUAGCAAUGACUUUCACGGCCGAACGCCGCCACUUCACCUACGGCAUCAUGAAACUGAAAUGUACGGCCACUGUGUCCGAGGCAUACUCGUUAUCCAGCGAAGAGAUCGUCGCUGCACAGGACGCCAAAAGCACGCGUUCCGAGGAUGACAAGCCCUCGAUCACGGGAGGCCAGGCGAGCUACCACGUUGGCGACCUGGUGAACGUGACCUGCAGCUACUCUCGAUACGGACGACCCGUAGAACUCCAAUGGCAACUAAAUGAGAGAGAGGUGUCGAACCGGUACCUGGUCCACUAUCCGAUUCAGCGGCUCGAGUCCGGACGCCAGGUGACGUCGCUGGGACUGCGCUUCACUGUGCGGCCCGGACACUUUGUGCACGACGAGAUGCGCAUCAAGUGCAUGGCCGCGCUGCCGGGCGCCGCCAGGGGCUCGUCCGCCUCCACGUCCUCCUCGGCAGCCGGCGCGAGCGGCGACUCGUAUUCCGAGAGAGAGUUCGUGCUCGGUAGCAGCCAUCGUUCGUCGGGGCUUCACGUGCCUGGACACUACGGCGCUGUUGCUGAUUCCAACGGCUCGCCGCCUUUGAAGUCACUGUCUCUCUUCAUCCAAAGCUCAGCGACAUUGCUCCUUUUGACGCUACUGCCGAUGGUUUCGUGAAGCAGUCUUGACUGAGGAUCAAAUUCAAGAUUUUGUUGUAUGCCCUUCCACCGACUUGGGUUCAUGUGUUUCCAAAACACCGUAUUUACACUUGUUAAAUUUUCGAUGUGCUUCACAUCAUUUACACAGUUGUCUUGGGCAUGAAAAACAAUGUACAUAAAUCAGUGCCUUCGAUUCGCGUCAUCGAUGACAUCGUUAACGAUCAAGGAUGAGUGAGUAUUGCAAGAAAAUUGGGAAUAAUCACGAAACGGUACAUGCAAUUAACGCUCCCCAAAUUACAGAAGAUGCGCGCUUUUUAAGCCACGACUUCACGUUGGAAGGUUGGGAGCCUAGACAUUUCACUAUGUACGGCUAGAGCGGCUAGAGCAAUUUUUUUUUUCAUGGCAUAGUUUUCAGUUGAAGGGACAGGGCGGCCUUGCUUGAUGACGUCACACUGAGUGCGCAUAGGUAUUCUGUCGUCUGGGAGGUGUCUGUGCAAUGCACGUUGCCGCUGUAGAGGCUCGUAAGGCAAAAUUAGAUUUUUUUUUUUUACUAGGCUUUCAAUUCUUUUUCAUCAUCUAUGGCACUGCAAGGAAGUGCAAGCGAUGAACUUAGGGUACGAUGCUAACUGUACUACAAUUAUAUUAUACUUGAAUUUUAAAAAACUCAGUUGAUGCUACAAAAAAUAAAUUGUGCAGCCCUGCCACCCCCCACUCCCCCCCUUCAAUAAAAAGGAGAAAUAUGGCUGCUUGGGUUAUUCAGCCUCAUUAGGAAAGUGAGCAGCUAAAUUGCAAUCCAGAAUAGUGAAAGUGAAAUAUUUGCACAACAUUUCACUCUUCUGAUACAAAAAGAGAAAUGGCCGUUUCAGCAAGAGCUACAGCCUCCUGGUUACUUGGACUGCUUUCCGACCAGAUUUUACUUAGUAAUGUUAAUGCAAGCAUUCUAGUUGACAUUCAUGCCAGUACGAAUGUUGGCAAAUGUGACGCAUUUUUGUGACGCAAUAUGUGAAAUGCGAUGUUAUGUGCUUGGUAUAUUCUUGCUGAAACUGAAUCGGUGAAGAUAAAAAUUAAAAUGGGAAUGCAUUUGAAGGCAGCAUUACAAAUUAUUUAGGACGUCUACUUUGUCGCACAAAGUGUCCUACAUCUUGUACGUCUCUCGCUCUCGGUAUAUCUAUUCAUCCUACUGCACACUUUACUGUGUUCGAUUACAUUACAUUCAGCGUGUUAUACACUGUUCGGCUUCUAUUUUACACGUGCUGAUGCUCAAGAUCUACUAGAAUUUCUCAGGAGGUACCAGUAGCAGUGACCUUUCUCAACUGCACUGGUUCGUAACUUGAAACAAGUUCACAUAUUAGAACCACAUAAUUUGCGUAGUGUAAUCUUAUAUGACUUCUGUUUAACCAUUUCCGUUCUUGUUAAAUGGAAGCCUUUCACUGGCAGUGUACAGUACGUGAUU